AUGCCAUUGGAAGCCCAUGUUGAGGAGCUCUUGCAGUGGGUAGGUAAGGCGACUGCAGAUGGUAUCAUGCCACGCUUCCGAGGCCACCAAGGCAAUCUGCGACUAGAUGUCUUGCUCCGUGUGACGGAUCGUGAAAUCCCAGAAUUUCGCGUUUGUGAAAUCAACGGCUGGUUUCCGAUCAGUUUUCUCCACUACGUCGCAACGGCCUAUGAGGCACUAGCCGGCAGCACAUGGAACACUCCCUUGAUCGAACCAGCCACUAAGUACAAUGUACUUCAAGAGAGCCUGUUUGAUUUGUUCGACUCGGAUGGCCCCAUUUACUUUGUCAAGGAAAGUCAAAAUUUCCCGUCCGAUAGCCCUCUCUUCGGUCUUAUCGAAGAGCGAACCGGGAGCAGACCGAGAACUGUCAAGCCUGGUGAUCUUCGUCUGGUGCCCAGUGCAACUAGCCAAACAGGAUUCACAUUAUGCUGUGUCUGGGGUGCAGAUCCCACGGCCAAAACUGCCUCUGAAUCCCUGCUGGAAGUAGAUGGUGAGAUAUUGGAACCAGUGCACAUGGUGGGCCUGCAGCUCUAUGACUUUGAGCUCUUCUCUCUAUCCCCCGAGAUGGUACGACACAUUGCCGCGUGCUGCAGAAAUGACCCGCGGAGUGUGUUCCUCGCCCACGAUAAACGAAUCUUGGGAAUUAUCCCCCAGGAGCUAGACAGCCUCGUGGAUACGCAACGGGUAUUGUCUCCUGCACAAGCGCAGACCCUUCGUGAACAUAUCAUCCCUACCAUCCUCCCUGGAACAGCUGAGUUCAGAGACCUCCUCGAUCACACCUACAUCAACCCCGAGAUCAAGCACUGGUACAUACUCAAACCCGCCUGGGACGCUCGCGGAGCUGGGAUCCUGCUAGGAAGAAACCUUUCCACCGAGAAAUGGCAGUCGAUUCUAACCUCCAUGGAUAGCCAAUACAUCCAUUCGUUGGCGACCCAAUAUGUGCUGCAGCCCAUGCUGAACUUACGGUCGUUUGAAUGGUUCUGGGAUGAAGAGCGCCAAGUCCGCAAAAGUCGCAGCGUAGGCACAUACUAUUCUGUGAACGGACGUUUUGUGGGAUUGGGGAUGUGGAGAACGGGGGCAGUCUCGGAGGAUGUGAUUUCUGCUUCUACGAAGGACGCGACGUCUGUUUUAGCCGUGAUUGCUCUUAAUAGUUAA